AUGCAUUUCCGAAACGCCAUCUUCGCCGCUGCCAUCCCGGCCACCUUCGCCGCUCAACAGCACGUCCUGGCGAAUCCAACGAGCGUGGUUGAGACCGGAACGCCCAGUUCGAGAGGUAGGUCGCAAGAGGGCAAGCUGCCGUUCCCCAUGUCAGAACACAUCCUGACCUAUUCAACAGCAUUGGUCUCGGCCUCGAUCAACUACACAGAAAGCGCGGACACGACAGAAACGACGGAAACCACACAAACAGUACACGUCAUAAAAACCAUUACACAGCCGCCGAACCCCAUCACGACAGACGCGGCAGAUAAGCCAGCGUUCGACGCCUCGGUCAUGGGCCUCAUCGUCUUUUCCGCGGCCGGGCUGUUCCUGUUAUGA